AUGGCAACGGAGGAGAAGCUCUUGUACUUUUCCCAAGGACCAGCCUCGCUUCCUGCCAUUCACAAAUUGCUCCUCUUGAUCUUGAUCGCCAUCAAGAAAUUCGCUCUCAAAUACUUUGGUUUAUCUUUCUCCUGUCCCUCCAUUACGGACGAGGAAGAACAGCAACAUCAUCAGCGAAAGCAGAGCACAAAAAACACCGCGGCAGGUCUUCAAAGAGGAGAUUUGGGGUUAAUUUUAUGGAGAAUGGGACUGGUCCCGAGCCCAGAGGGCGAGCUGAAUGAGGAGGUGGAUUUGGAGGUGCUACUGCCUGAUUUAUUUACUGAGGACGAACCGAGCUGGGAGGAGCUGAGGCAGGCCUUCUCGGUUUUCGACGAGAACGGCGACGGCUUCAUCGACGAUUUGGAGCUGCGGAGGAUUCUCCAGGAGCUUGGAGUUGGGGAGGGGCUUGAAGUGGAUGCGUGCAGGAGGAUGAUCCAAGUGCAAGAUCGAGAUGGAGACGGGAGGAUCGAUUUCAGUGAUUUUGUAAGGUUCUUGGAGGUCGGUUUACGUUGA